UCCCGGCACCGCGGUGGCAUAUCUGGAAACUAUCCACACUCGACUUCACCCCCGACCCGCGUCUUCUCCUGCGUCCUGUCCGCCCCGAAGCGACACAUUUUUUUUUUGGCGGGGGGUGGGGGGGAGUUUACUCGCGGUGGCCGCUGACCCAAACUUUGGUUUAUAGACGCGUUGAACGGGAAGGAGUCACAGGCGCAGAAUGUCCGAUUUCGACAGCAACCCGUUCGCGGACCCUGAGUUCCACCACAACCCGUUUCAGGAUCCGUCAGUGACCCAAGUGAGACAGGCAGCUCCCCCUGGGUUGGAGGAGUACAAUCCCUUCACAGACGGCAAACCAAUGCCUGCGGGGACGGCGCCCAAGACUGCUGCACCCUCGGUCAACACACAACCCGCCAUCAUGAAACCCACAGAGGAGCCACCAGCCUACUCGGAGCUUCAGGAGCAGUCGCGAGCAGCUGCCGAGCUCUUGAGGCGACAGGAUGAGUUGGAGAGGAAAGCUGCGGAGCUGGACCGCCGGGAGAGAGAGAUGCAGUCACUCAGUGCUUCAGGAGGCAGGAAAAACAACUGGCCUCCCCUCCCGGAGAAGUUCCCCGCGGGUCCCUGUUUCUACCACGACAUCACCGUGGACAUUCCUGUGGAGUUUCAGAAGACGGUCAAGAUCAUGUACUACCUCUGGAUGUUUCACACCGGGACGCUGCUCGUCAACAUGGUCGGCUGCCUGGCCUUUUUCUGCGUGGACGCGUCGCACGGGGUGGACUUCGGCCUGUCCAUCCUCUGGUUCAUGCUCUUCACGCCCUGCUCUUUCGUCUGUUGGUACCGUCCACUAUACGCAGCCUUCAGGAGUGACAGCUCAUUCCGAUUUUUCAUUUUCUUCUUUGUAUACAUCUGUCAGUUUGGCAUCUACGUUCUCCAGUGUAUUGGCAUCACUGGUUGGGGCACCUGUGGGUGGAUCGCAGCUUUGACUGGCCUGAAUCGAAGCAUCCCAGUGGGCAUUAUAAUGAUCCUCAUCGCCGCUCUCUUCACCUCACUGGCCGUAAUGUCCCUCAUCAUGUUCAAAAAGGUCCAUGCGAUGUACCGAACCACGGGUGCCAGCUUCGAGAAGGCCCAGCAGGAGUUUGCCACGGGCGUCAUGUCCAACAAGACGGUCCAGACGGCUGCCGCUAAUGCCGCCUCCAGGGCUGCACAGGGAACCUUCAAGGAGCAGAUCUGAUUGGCUUCGAGAGCUUGCUCAUCUCUUCAUCCAACCCUCGACCAACAUCCACCACUGGGGCUGUACAAAUCGGGUCAUGGCUCUCUCUCUCUCUCUCUCUCUCUCUCUCUCUCUCUCUCUCUCCUGCUGUCCGCCUCGCUCAUCUCUGACUCUGGGAACCCCCUCAUCGACGCUGCACUCCCACCACUCAACCAGCGUGCGCUUCUUUUCUUUUUUUCUGUGCGAGCGUGCGAUUGGCCAACUAAAUGAUUGUUUGUGUGCCUAUUUCAGUGUCGGUUCUGUCCCGCGUAGACUGAUUGUAAUGUAGUCGUACCACGUCCGACUCUCUAAAGUGACACGGGGAAUUUACCACCAUCAGCUGUCUUUAAGCCUUCCGUGUGGCCUGUGUGUUUGAGCCUUUCUUUAAUUCAUCAACUCAAUCACUACUUCCUGAUUUUAAGAUUAAUUUAUUAUUGGACAAAUGGAAGUCAUGUUGUACUCUCUAGCUGUCAGGGAAUACACAUGCGGCAGAUUUUGUUUGCCGAGUACAUAACUUAGCACUGCUGCCCCCCGAUGGAGGGAUUUUGCGUUGUUGAAGAUGAAUGCUGUGCAUUCCAGUUCACUGCCUUGCCUUCUGCUCUUUUUUUCUUUUAUUUCUUUCUUCAUAAUUGACUUUUUGUCGUCUUUCUCCUUAAAGUGACGCUUCAAUUAAAGUUUCAUCUGUUAACUUUCAAACACUCCCUCCUGCAGACUGUAGGGCGCAACGGUUGAUUGUUUUGUCUAUUGCAAUAUCAGAUGACGGUGAAAAGUGGCCACCAUCAUAACUCAGAGCCCAAGGAGGUUAAUUCAAAGUGCUAGGUUUGUCCAAAACACAAAGAUAUCCAAUUUACAGUAAUGCCAGAGCAAUCAGUCACAUUUCAGAGUUAGAGGUGAUUUUUUUCAGUCAUGCAACAUGGAGACCACAAUUAUGCUCCACAGGUUGUAUGAGAAUUUUUUAUACUCCGAGCGUAAUUAAAUAACCAGUUAUGUUUUUCAGCCGAUCCGAGGUACAGACUUUAACAGCCACCUUCAAGCAGUGUUUGAUUCUUAAAAGAUUUAUUUUAUUUUAGGUGGAAUGUCACUUACAAAAUUGCUUUUUUCUUUUUUUUUUGCUUCAUGUGUUUUGCCUAUAAUUAUCUACAUAUCCAUUCUGAAAUCACACCGAGUUGCACUUUAAAUCUGCUCAUUGGAUUGUUCCUGUAUUCAGUGCAAAUGAUAAUUAUUUGAAUGGCCUCGCGCCUUCCCGCUCAUCAGUGUAAUUCACAUUUGUAAAACACGCACCAGCUGAGCUCAGUCUUCACAUCAGGCCUGCUCGAGGUGUCGGUUCCUCAACAAAGGAACACUACAAGGCCACUAGAGGAUCCGCUGUUCCGUAUAUACAGCUGCAUGUUUCUACACUUCUGGAGAAGAACGUCUAACUCGUCUCCAGCUCCUCUGGCAUGCUGGAGAUUUACCUCGGUUGUACUCAGGAUGUGCUCUUCACUUGCAUGACCAGGUUAAAAAUGACACCAGACUUGAGACUGGCACCUAGAUUUUAAAUACACAUGCUGUAAAUCGACAUGUUGCAGUAAAACAAAACAAAAUGUAAAAGAUGACAAACAUGGCCAGUAAUGUUGAUAUGAUGUUCUGCUUAUUCAUAAUUUGAGAAUUCUGGAUUGACUAAACCACAUUCAGGUGCACAAUCUAAUCUGAAGAUAGGUUCAUUGUGUGUGUUACUUUAAUUUACCAGUGUAGGAUCAUUUAAACGUGUAUGUUUCCUGCUGAAGUGUCUUUGAAUGUGUCUUAUUUCCUGAAUACUGUACGAGCUUGUGAGUCUCAUUUCUCUGUCUGUUGUGUCUCGUGUUAAAGCCAGCUUAGCUUUUUUGUGAGUGUGUGAUGUGUAGGAGUGUUAAUAAAGGAGAAUAUGGAACUUU